GCGACUGGACGGUCCAGACCCAAGAAGGUUAAAAAAAAAAAAAGGAAAGUGAAACAAGGUUGUCUGUUUCUAAACAAAUGUUCUGCUUGUUCGUUUAAAAAUCGUGCGAAUUCCCUCGCCGUUGACGUAAACCUCGCCUUGAUGGUGAUUGUUUACACGCAUCACGUGACGAGUUCUGCGGUUUCAUCUAGUCUUUUGUGGUUUGGUUGAAGCAGGGCAGUGAAACACUUACAAAAACAGAAGACCUACUGAAAAGAUUCAGUAAAGAGCAAGGUGGUUGAACGGCGGCCUGGUGUUGGGUUGAUGUGAAUUGGUGGGCGAUGGCAGAGGACCGGGAGCUGAACCAGGUCUGCAAGGCCCCAGGGCCGCAGUCGCCCCCCCGGUGCAGCAGUCAGACAUACUGCAGCAGUGUGUACUCUCAGAGCCUGCUGGACGGACUUGUGGCCCUACGAAACAGCGGAACCCUCUUUGACGUCAAGCUGGUGGUGGAGGGGAAAACCAUUGAAGCACACCGCGUUCUUCUCGCAGCAUCAUGUGACUACUUCCGGGGGAUGUUUGCGGGCGGCCUGCGGGAGAUGCAGGAGAAGGAGGUUCAGGUGCAUGGCGUCUCGUACACGGCUAUGUGUAAACUCCUGGACUUCAUUUACACCGCCGAACUGGAACUAAACUUGGAGAACUUGCAGGAAAUCCUGGCUGCUGCCUGCCUGCUUCAGAUCCAGGAUGUGAUUGGUUUCUGCUGCGAAUUCCUUAUCUCCUGGGUGGAUGAUGACAACAUUCUGGAGGUUUACAAACUGGCUGACCUGUUUGGGCUGAGUCAGCUAAGCGCCAAAGCUGACGCCUAUAUCUUGAAGAACUUUCUGGCUUUCUCCCGGACUCCCACCUACCGCCAGCUCCCCUUGGAUAAGGUCUACUCCCUGCUCACCAACAACCAGCUGGAGGUUGGCUGUGAGAACGAGGUCUACGAGGCUGCACUGCACUACCACUACACGCCCGAGCAGGUGGAGACUGAUCAGGUGUCCCUGCAGGACUCCCUGAAGUUGCUGGAGACGGUGCGGUUCUGCCUGAUGGAGAAGCAUGUGCUGCAGCGGCUCCAUGACAAGCUCAACGGCUGCCCAAUGAAGGACAGACUGGCGGCGGCUCUCCAGUAUCACGAGAAGGAAGCUCUACAGCCGAUGCUCCAGAGCCCGCAAACGCAGCUUCGCUCCGAGUUCCGCUGCAUCGUGGGCUUCGGAGGCAUGUGUUCCUCCCGCUCGGAGACCCUCAGCAACGAGGCCAAGUUCCUGAACCCCCUCACAGGCAAGUGGAGGAGCCUUACCGCAGCGCAGGCUCCCCGCAUGUCCAACCAGGGAAUCGCCGUCAUCAACAACUUUGUCUAUCUCAUUGGGGGCGAUAACAAUACCAGGGGCUUUCGAGCUGAGUCCAGGUGCUGGAGGUAUGACCCGCGUCACGACCGCUGGUUCCAGAUCCAGUCCAUGCAGCAGCAGCACGCUGACCAUUGUGUGUGUGCCCUAGGGGGGUACCUGUACACUAUAGGGGGCCGGGACUAUCACAAUGAGCUCAAAGUGGUGGAGCGCUAUGACCCGCAAACCAAUACCUGGGAAUUUGUGGACCCUCUGAAACAGGAGGUGUAUGCUCAUGCUGGGGCAGUGCUUGAUGGGAAGAUAUACAUUACCUGUGGCCGGAGAGGACCCUUCUACUUGAACGAGACACACUGCUACGACCCAGAGACGAACCAAUGGGAGAGCAGGGCUGCUAGUCCCAUUGGGCGAGCCUGGCACGGUAUGGCGGGGCUCAACGGCAGGGCGUACGUCAUCGGGGGCAGCAACGACAACCUGGGCUACCGCAAAGACGUGUUGAAGGUAGCAUGCUACAACCCUGCUAAUGAUGAAUGGACAACAGUGAGUCCGUUGCCUUCUGGGCACGGAGAGCCUGGCAUCGCUGUGCUGGAUCACCGCAUCUUCGUGCUGGGCGGGCGCUCCCACAACCGCAGCAGUCGCACAGAUUACGUCCACGUUUAUGAUGCCGAGGUAGAGCGCUGGGUGAGCGGGACCUCCUUCGAUGAUGACAUCUCCGGACUCGCUGCCUGCGUCCUGGUGCUCCCCCGCUCCGUUGUCAUGGAUACGGAAAACCAGACCUCGGAUUGGCGUUCCUUGUUUUUGUAUAACCGUACCAUUGAUGAUGUCAUGAGCCUCACCGACGGGGAUGAAUCUGAUCUUUCCAGUGAGGAUUAAUUUUUCUAGGUUUUUUUUUUUUUUUAAAUAGAAAAUUCAGUAGGUGACUCAACCCCAACCCCCAAUAUUAACACAGCAUAAAAGCUCUUAAGUUUAUAUCAACAUUGCAAAACCAUGAAUGAAACAUUCAUGUAAAAUCACAGCCAUUUCAAACUGUCUGGUCAGAUGCUGUCUCUAGUGAAAUUUGAAUGUGCACUGAAAAGUAAAUUUACGGUUUGCCAUUUUAUGAAGGCAAAAAUUGGCCUUACUGGGGACAAUAAUCAAAAUAAUCUUAUAAUCUUAAAUAAUCAAUAAUCUUAUUUUCACUUUGAUUCAGGUAAAGAUAAUGUAUCCUGUUGACAUCACACUACAAAUUCACUUCCUGUGCAGUAAGUAUUAUGAUCACCGACAGAAUUAUAGACUUUGAGGCUUAGGUGGAGUUACUACACAGGAAAUGAAUGUGUAGCGUACUGGCUUGAUAAGUGAGCUUCACGCCGUUUCAAAGUGGAAAAAAAAGUCUGAAAACUUUAGCUCGAGUGGCUAGUCAGAAUGUUAUUCCAAUGAGAAGCAGCAAAUGGAUUGCAAGGCCUUGGUUAUUACCCCUUCAAGUUAGAAAUAUCGUAUUCUGUAUUAGAACAGCUUUCACAACAGCUGUUAUGUCACAGUGCUUAGUUUUGCUAAAUUAUGUUGGUCAAAAAAACAUGAUGAAUUGUUACUUUGGAUGACUAUUAAUCCUGCAAUGCACAUACCCAGAGUGGUAUCUGUUCAAACUCUUCAACACACACACAGAACACACAGAUGGGAAUGUGCCCCCAGUGCCUUAAAAGGGGUUUACUGAAUACAACCUGUUCAACAAUGCCAUUUGUGAUUUUACUGUACCUCUGUCUUUCUUUCCAUGGAGUAUUUCUCCAGGACACCCUUGAAAUGAGAUGUUUGUUUCAUAGUGUUUUUUUUGUUUGUUUGUUUGUUUUUUUCUGGUACAACAUGCCUGAUAUAUAAUCUGGUUAAUUUAAUCAACCUUAUGUUGUAAUUAAAAAGUGCAUUCCUUUUUGCUGUUCAACCAGUGCAUAACCUAGAGCUGUGUAGACUCUUUACGCUAUUUACAAUGAAGGUAUACGAGCACGAUCCCCGUGUCUACCUGUAAGGAUAUCCUGAGAAAUGCUCAUCCUCUUGAGAUGAAACUGUGUGAGGAUGUUCCUUAGCACGAGUCCUCAAGGGUAUUGGAGUUUAGGUAAUGUUGACCUACUGUUUGCAUAACUGUUGCGGUAUAUCUUGGAACCCGUGAAACUAUGCAUGGACAUCUUACAAAGUUAUUCCACAUGUUGUAAAGGUGGGCCACAGUUACUGACUUGAGUCAGCUGAUUGGCUUAUCUGAUAAAGGCUACACUUUGUCGCUUGUAUGAUUUUGUUCUGAGACUCUGUUGGUAGAUUGCGGUGUCCUACUUUUGAUGGUACUGAUGCCUCUCAUGUGUUGCUUAGAUACCCUUGGUAGAGGCUAUUGUUGAAAAAGUUAUUUUUAAUAUGUGUAUAGAGGGACACUAUUUGAAUGCUUAUGUUGACAAACAUUUUUAUAUAGAUACAGUUUCAUAUGUACAGUGCUCCAUUGAUAUUUCACCAUUUGAUAAUAAUUGACCUUCAUUAAUUCACUGGGUUUUUUUGUUUGUUUGUUUUGGUUUUUUUGGGGGUUUUUUUAAUGUGCAAGUCAGAUAGUGAAAUUGGAGCACUGUAUUUUAGGUAUUGUUAGACAACAUUUGCAUGACAUGGAGUGGCCUUGCAGCAAUGGUAUUAUUGCCAAGUAUGUUUAUCAUUGAACGCAAUCUACCUUGUAUUAAUCUGCAGUGCAAAUGUGCCAAUUAAUCACUGUUCACAUUAGUUAAUUGCAUUUAUUAAGGGUAAGCUUGAACUGAAUAACUAUAAUGUAUAUAUUACAUUUAUUUUUACAAAAAAAAACUUAGUAGUUAAUGAGGAAAAUGUUUUUUGUAAUAAAGGUGGAGUUGAAUUAGUUAGCUCUUUGUUACCUUAUCAAGAAUGCUUUGCAUUGUGAAACAAAUUGAAGCUCUCAGUGCAAAAUACUCCAGUCCUACUUUUAAAAAUGAAUUCCAAUCCCAUGCCUGCCGCUUAAUCCACACGUUCACAAUACUUUUGAUUUGAUGAGAUUCUUGCACUGUCAGCAUCAAUUGAUAUAAAAUAUAUAAAAAAAUAACCAAUAUUACUGAGUGCUGUUAUCUCUUGUGUUUCAAGUGUGUUAUGCAUAAAAUAUUAAUUAUUUCACAUUAUAGUAUGCCUUUUAGAUUCUUCAUAGUAAACUGUUGGUUUGUUUGUCCAUUCCUUGUGUUGCUGUGCUGACAUGUACUGUAUCAUUCAUAUGGACCUUAAAGGUGUAGGGUUGGUAAAAUAUUUUGUACGUAUUUAAGAGGGUUAAUAAAUAUUGUAAUAUGUAACCCAGAUGAGUGUAAACUACUGCCCAUUAUACAAACCCCAUAAUGGAUCUCUUUUUCCCAUGUAACAACUUUUUAAAUAUUCAACAGCCAGUAACUGUCACUUUCAUUAGUUUUCUCAUAGUUCACAAAACUAAAAAAAGAUGUGAAAAGGAGGAUGUAACAGAUCUGAAAAUGUAUGGUACCAUAUGCAGCUAUGGCCAAAAGUUUUGUAUCACCUGGAAUUUUAAGA